UUUCUUUAGGAAAACGUUCGUUUGUCCUUUGGGCUUCUUGUGACCGGGAGUUAUCGAAUAUGUACACAUUCUAAGUUUACAUUGCAACAAAGACUUUUGUAAUAUCUACGGUCAAGAAGAUCUUUGUUAAAAUUAGUUUUAAUAUUGUGCACGAGGAAAAAAAGACAUGUUUAAAGGAUUUAGUUUUUCUCAUAAGUUGCAACAAUUAAAGAAGCAAAGUGAUGUUAACAAUGGUGAAAACGGUGGACACCAGUACAGUGAAAGAGGAAUUCAACAGGACGAUAAUUACAAGGAGUUCAUGGGAUGGAUCACUGACGGCGGCCUCAGAUAUGCGUAUGCGAUGCACCACGGCACAUCAGAAAAUCUUUACCGAAAGAAAGUGGAUAAAGAACAUGAACGUCACGUGAUAAUUGUUGGUGCGGGAAUGGCAGGCUUGUCUGCAGCUUAUGAAUUGGCUCAAAUUGGUCAUAAGGUAACAAUACUAGAGGUACAGUCCCGUGUUGGAGGUCGCGUGAAGACAAUUAGAGAAGGUUUUACUGAAGGUCUUCAUUCUGAAGCUGGGGCGAUGCGACUUCCUCCGAAUCAUUACCUGACUUGGCACUACCUAAAUUUGUUCGGUGUAGAGACUGUACCAUUCCAAAAUUACAACGAAAAUGGAUACCUAUGCUUGUAUGGAGAAAAGAUAAGAAUGCAUGACUGGAAAAACAACAACAAAAAGUAUAGUAACAAAUUCUGGCCAGGCUGGGACGAUAAUCUAACUGAGGCAGACAAAGAAAAAUACAGCAUUGAUGGAAUACUUAGUUACUACGAUGCAACAAUGAAACCGAUUAAAGCUGAACUAGGACCCUCUCCAUCAGAAAAGAAAUGGCAUGACUGGUUGCAUAAAUGGAGUAAACUUUCGACAGAAGAUUUCUUAAGAGGGUAUUGUGCCGAUGAAAUGAAGUGCUCUCCUCUUUCUCCGUGGACAGAGCAAGCCAUUGAAGGCUACAAGGUUUCUACAUAUACACCUACACUUGGUACGGACAUAGCAACACAUCUUCGAGAGGAUCUUGGAAAAUGGUGGCAAGAUCCUCUCAAAACACCUAAGCUUGGAAUGGACACGCUGCCGAAGGCGUUCACUAAAAAGAAUGAAAAUGGCUGGAACCUGUCCGUCGAUCUCUUGAAACGCAUCAAGUUUGGAAUCAUGGUAACAAAGGUGGAAAACGUUGAACAUGUUAAGGACAAGAAAGCCAAGAUGGUCAAGGUCACUGGAGAAAACAUGAGUACGGGACACAAGGAAACAUUUGAAGGUGAUGCCGUUAUUCUGACAUUACCGCUACCAAUCCUGCGACAGCUCGAUAUACCGUUCAGCAUUGAAAAACAAAAAGCCAUUUCGCAAAUUUCGUAUGCUGCCUCUACAAAGAUUAUGCUGCAAUGCAAGAAAAGAUUCUGGCAGAAAGACGUAGGUCAUGGAGGUUUCAGCAAAACUGACAUGAUGAUCGGACAGUUACAUUACCCGGAUUACAACGAACAGAUUGUGACUGUGGACAAUAAUCCAGCAUUAAUAAGGCGCCCUCCUCCCUUCUUAGUCUUUGUAAAGUGUAAGAAAUCAGUUUAG